AUGGGCAAACUGCUGGACCUUGAGGCUGGCACCAGCCGGUUCGAGCUCGAUGACUCCACUUUCGACAUGGUGGACGCCACCUCGUUCCGCAACUAUCGGUGUGGUACCCUCACCGCCUACACUUAUAGCCUCAGCAUGAUGGUAUUUCUGGUGGCGUUGCUUGGUGUCGAUAUUUACACUUGUCUUAAUAUCCUUGUGUUCAAACGGUGGGGUACUAAUGAGGAGACACUGGUGAUUCCAUACAACUUUGACGUCGCCAAAUGGAUAUUUACUGGUUGUAUCAUCUUCCAGUUUUGCCUUUUGUUAUACCACUGGUUUUGGGCGAUUAGAGCCAUCAAAUCCCACAAGAUCGCUCUGGUGUAUCUCAAUCAAUAUGCUAGGGCAGUUUACCUGCUCAAGCUGUAUGACUAUUUCUGUUUGUUCCACGCUGUUAAAUACAAGGACUACUUUGAUUGGGCAUGCUUUUACGCCUAUGAACAGUUGGACAAUGCGCCGCAAUUGCUUCUUGCUGACGCUCCAAGACAAGUGAUUAAUAUCUUGACGCUUAGGGAGUACGCCACGAAAUAUGACGGCAAUGUGUUGGACAAUAUUAAGAUUAUUGCCACCACUAAUAUUCAUCUCUCGGUGCUUUUAUCGCUCAUCGUGCUCUCAAUUGUCAUUUGGUGCAUUUUCAUGUUCAUGUUCAUCUACGGUAUGAUUAUCGCUCCAUUUAUGAUUGUAAAAACUCGCCGACAAUUCGGGAAGCCGCUCAAACAAUACUGUACCGACACUCUUAACAUGUUGGUGCGGGAUCUUGUCCGCAAGCAUCACUUGUCUCGCGAAGAACUUAUUAGCCGUGGUAUUUUGGACCGCAAACAAGUUUAUGCCAACCCCUUGCUUCAUGGAACUACUCAAGAGUUCAAGCAUGUUCACCGUUAUGACGAAAAACAUCCUAUACACGUCAACGAAGAUCUGGUAUCGGUAACUUCGCUGUUUGAGAAUGUGGCAGUUCAGCCCACAGACUUUACCCAAAAUAUUUAUGGAAGUACCCAUCAUGCCAAGCUGAAAAGUUCGUUGACUUAUGCUUCGCCCCACAACCGUACUGCCUCUCCCUCUGACUUGACAUUCCAAAAGCUUUCAACAAAUCAAUUCAUUCAACCCUCAAUGCAACAAUCAGGACUUCAUGUGACGACCGACACCUUCAAUAGCGUCCCCAUUGACCCAUUUGCAUCACCAGAUGACGCUUAUGUUCCAACUAAUGAAAACUUUGGCAUGUCAAGCCGUCAAGUUAACGAAUUUUACAACGGACCCACUCGGGGACCCGAACAUGCAUAUCAACCAAGCACAAAUAAUAUGGUCAUGGAUGAACAACCUCAAAACCGAAAAGAAUCUCUUUCUCAACGUCAAUACAAUGACUUUGAUUUGGGAGAAGACUCAAAUAUGGGUCCAAAAUCAUUAGCGCCACUGCGUCCGUCGUUGCCAACUGACGAGACAUUGGCGUCACCUUUUAGUGAUGUUAGUGAGUACGAGCCUGAAAUUCUCUAUCGUCCACAACAAGGCGUACCUUAUCCUAUCGAAGGCGUUCCCUAUCCUGUUCGUGGGGUAUCUUUGUACAAUGACGGCCGGACCUACUCAUUAGAGCAUACCUCAUAA